AUGCCGGGACUCAUCGUACUCGACGCUGCGACUCGCGAGGAAGAGCAGACCGAACGUGAGGAAGGCAGCAUACGUUGUGCCUGCGCUUUUGCAGAGCUUCGCUGGCGUCAGGGCAUAGGCAAGUUGCUGGGCGAGUUCGAGAGCGCAUUGCAUGGUCAUGUCAUCGCUACAGAUGCCAUAAAUGGUAACAAUUUGUGCGACGACGAAGGCGACAAACACAAGCUUGACGAAUCGAGUUUCGAAAGAUUCUGGUCGAAGGCGUGGAACGAACGGCUGACUUUUAGGAAGAGGGGGUGGGCCUCCAAGACGAUGAAGACGCGAAGCUCUGGAGGAGACGAAGUCGUGCAAGACAACUGGGAUACAUUCAGCAAGGACGUGAAUGACAUAGAGUACCUACAUAACCCUUCCGGCCGAUGUAUGUUUGAAAGACUGGAAUUCCAGGAUCUCCCGCUUUCAGAGGAGCCAUCGAUCUACCGGGAGCUAGCGAUAUAUGACCAGCUAGCGGCCGACUUCUCCUGGCGAGGCGUCGAUCGGUCAAUCGCCUGGGUCGAAGCCAUGAGACAGGAAGAUGCAGUAGCAUUGCACGCAAUGCAAGUCCCCGUUGACGGGGACCCUCCUCCUGCAACUCCUGAUGAAGAGGUUGUAGAAGCCGGCUGGGGAGAUGACCCAGAGCCUGAUUUCUCAAUGGCACCGGUGGUUCGUCCACCUGUCGUUGCUGACGAAAUCAAGGUCGUAGUCUUUGACCUGUACGGAGUGAUCUUGCAUACCAUAGACGGCUUAACGCGACUAUACCUCGAGGCUGAAGCCCAUCUCAUUCGUGAUAGACCUGACGUGCUUGGAGAACAGUUGGUCCAUGCUGCGCUCAGGGACAUGUUGUGUACUGUCGGCCUGUGUCUUGCAGAUGACAUAAUACGAGAGAAGGAGUGGGGAUUUGAGACGAUGAAGCCGCGAAGCUCUGGUGGAGACGAAGCUGUUCAAGACAACUGGGAUACAUUCAGUAAGGACGUGAAUGACGUAGAGCACCUGCACGACCCCUUUGGCCGAUGUGUUUUUGAGCGGUUAGAGUUCAAGGAUCUCCCGCUGACAGAGGAGCCAUCGAUCUACCGAGAGCUAGCGAUAUAUGACCAGCUAGCGGCCGACUACUCUUGGCGGGGUGUCAAACGAUCAAUUUACUGGGUCGAAGCUAUGCGAAAUUUUGCCAAUGAAGGGUCGUUUGUCAAGCACCCGGUGCACCCGGUAGACCAUGCGGAACUGUGCUCAGGGGAGCCCCCGUCGUUCUCUGCUGACUUGAAGGAGGAUGCAGUAGCAUUGCGUGCAAUGCAAAUCCCCGUUGAUGGGGAUCCUCCUCCUGCAUCCGCAGUUGAAGAAGUCGUAGAAGCCGGCUGGGGAGACGAACCCGAACCGGAUUUCUCAUCGGCACCUGAGGCUCUCCCGCCUGUAGUCGCAAGCGAAGUUAAAGUCAUUGUUUUCGACCUGUACGGAGCGAUAAUGGACCGUCAAGAGGCUCUGCGCCGUGCUCUGAGCACGUUUAUCCCUUUGGACCCCCACCAGCAUACUGUAGACGACCUAUCAAGAUUAUACCUGGAUGUCGAAGCCCAUCGCAUACGCGAAAUGCCUGAUACCUCUGACGAUGAUUUGGUGCGUGGGACCCUUAGCGAUAUCCUGCACAUCAUCGGUCUUCAUCCUGCGGGAGACAUGGUGCAGCGUGCCCUCGAUGCCAUACGCCCAGCUCCCUACGUCGAUGUCCCCGACGCCUUGAGGACACUGCAGCAGCGUGGCUAUAAGCUGCUGUGUCUUGUUUCUUGCGAUGCGUCUCACGUCUCGGAGACUGCGUCCUUUCUGCCUCCUGAAGUCCGCACACUCUGUGUCUCAACAGCUCAUCUACAUACCCCAUCGGAAGGUGUAUGCUCCCAAGUGGUCGAAGAAUGCCAGUCAAUUGUCCCGGAGAUCAAGAACACUGAGAUUCUCCUUGUCACAACCGGGCUAUACAGGAUCGUUGAGCUUGCGAGUGCAGCUGGGAUACCGACCGCACUGGUCCAGCGGCCGAGUGUAGACGAAGCUCGGCUCGAGCGUGCGACGGGGCAAGAUGAACUAUCGUCGCCUACGAUGACUAUUGGAGGACUGGGAGAGCUGUGCGACAAGCUGGCUUUGAUGCGCUCGGAGAGUCUUUGUCAUAGAGAACCCCCGUUAUUCUCUGCUGCUGUGAAGGAAGAUGCAGUAGCAUUGCACGCAAUGCAAGUCCCCGUUGACGGGGACCCUCCUCCUGCAACUCCUGAUGAAGAGGUUGUAGAAGCCGGCUGGGGAGAUGACCCAGAGCCUGAUUUCUCAAUGGCACCGGUGGUUCGUCCACCUGUCGUUGCUGACGAAAUCAAGGUCGUAGUCUUUGACCUGUACGGAGUGAUCUUGCAUACCAUAGACGGUCUAAUGCGACUAUACCUCGAGGCUGAGGCCCAUCUCAUUCGUGAUACCCCCGACCUAUUUGGAGAACAGUUGGUCCAUGCUGCGCUCAGGGACAUGUUGUGUACUGUCGGCCUGUGUCUUGCAGACGACAUAAUACGGUGCGCCCUCGAUGCCAUACGCCCAGCUCCCUACGCCGAUGUCCCCGAUGCCUUGAGGACACUGCAGCAGCGUGGCUAUAAGCUGCUGUGUCUUGUUUCUUGCGAUGCGUCUCACGUCUCCGACACUGGGACCUUUCUUCCUCCUGAAGUCCGUACGCUCUGCGUUUCUACAGCUGAUCUACAUACCCAAACGGAAGGUGUAUGCUCUCAAGUGGCAGAAGAAUGUCGAUCAAUUGUCCCGGAGAUCAAGAACACUGAGAUUCUCCUUGUCACAACCGGGCUAUACAGGAUCGUUGAGCUCGCGAAUGCAGCUGGGAUACCGACCGCACUGGUCCAGCGGCCAAGCGUAGACGAAGCUCAACUUGAACGCAAGACGGAGCAAGGCGAACUGUCGUCGCCUACGAUGACUGUUGGAGGACUGGGAGAGUUGUGCGAUAAGCUGGAUCUGAUGCGCUCAGGGAGUAUUGGUUAG